CACACACAAAACACACAAACAAAAAACAACAACACACAAAAACCUAUAAUAUUCUUAUCACCAGGUUCAUUAAAUGAGUUCAUUAAGGGUACACCACCCACAACACACUCAUUUCCCUGCUCAGUCUGCUCACUUCCACUUCCCUCUAUUCAAUGGGAUCGUACCCAAUACCUCUAUUUAAGCACAUUAUCAUGGCUUUGACCGUACUACCCAGGUAAUAUGCUGACCUACUCAAGAAGAUGAAGUGUUCACAAAAAGGGCUUUAAUUAAGCUGGCGCUAUGCUAGGUGUGCUACACGAAAGUCACAUUUCUUUGGUUAAUUGUUGGAAAGGAAAUGCAUAAAUAAAAACGAAAACACCCACCCCCUUUUAAAGCUAAAACAACAAAAAAUACAAUAAAAUCAACACACGAAACACCGGGUUAAAAGCAGGCUUAGAGACCACAUCUGAGGGGAGGGAAGAUGGACGAGUUAGUGGAUGGUCAAUGCACUGCCUAGCAGCAUUGCUGGUGCGCCUGUCCUCUGGCCCAAGAGAGAUAUGACUGCACUUGAUGUCACGACUUGCCAGCCGCCAGUUCCAGCUCUUAUCGUGACUACAGCCACCCCAAAAUCCAUGCCUCGCGCUCACAACUUCCGCUCCAGCCGCAUAUCCGUGUUAAGACUAGGCUUCUCAACGAUCCAUGAAGAUCCUGCUUCUUCUCAAUUGCCGACGCAGGGCAAAUCGGAAAUCACAACACAAUCACUUUCACACCCAAGCGGAUACGGCGAAGAUUUCUCAUGGCUGCACCUCGUGCGUGCCCGCGUGCAGGCAUCCUUCCCUUCUGCCCUCCUACCUUCCGGCCCAGGACUCCAGGUGCCGGCAGCAGAGAACGGUGAUGCGCUAGCAACUUGUCAGGGGAAGGGAGUAAGGGGGAGGAUGGCUCUUGGAGUAAGCGCACCUUAUCGUCUGCUCACUCCAGGCACCACGUGCAUACGCCUAAAGCAAGUUCCCGGAUGAUGAACUUGCUGGCGUACAGGUAAACGCGUCUAAGACUAAGGUUUGUCUUUGGCUUUGGUUCCCUCCCCACCAUCCCCGCCUCCAGCCUCACACACGUGACGUCGUUCGUCAAUCCCCGCCACUACCCUGUCCCCAUCACACACCCAAGCAUGUUGUCGCGUUUAGGGUAGGAAAGAUGUUAAACACUCGUCACACACUGUACUUUCCCCUCGAAGACUACAAGAAGACGUCACGGAACACCGCGCA